ACCACGAAACUCGUCCACUUUUGCAUUCAGACAAGCCUAUACACAAUGUUUUUGCGAACGAUACAGACAAUCGUCCAUACAAUCGUUCAGUGCAUGGGGCCCUAAUGACCUUUUUAUGUAGGUCUUAUUUUUACCACUCACUUGACGUGUUUUUGUACUUAUUAGUAUCGUGUUUUUUUCCCCAGAAAACAAAUUGAAUUCAUGCGCAUAAUUUUCUUGGCACACAAUAAUCUGAUAGGCUAGAUUUAAUAAGGGCUUUCAUGGCCCGGACCCCACUAAAUCUCAUCGUGAUCGAUGUGGCCUUGCAGUCAGACAAACAGCAGGGAUGAUUCAAGAUUGACUGGAGAGUCGACCGAGAUGAUGAGAUCGCCAUCGGUAAUCGUCAGUCAGUCUAACUUCUAAGUCUACAACAGGCAGAGGUCCGGUCUAGACAAAUCUGAAAAACCUUGCGGCCUCUUCUCUUCAACCUUUGCAAAAUGGUAUGCUAGCAAGGUCAAGUGUUAUUUAACAUUUUGUUCCGUGUUUAACUGUCAUGCGUUGCAAACGCUAUGAUUUUGUUUUAAAUUGUUGGACAGGGGAAAUUGUGUGGGAAGGAGUUGCUGGACUCACAGUACACAUUUUUUCAGAAGCUGUGAAGAAAUUGACAUCCAGCUCCGAAAUGAUGUUAGUGAAAGGAAUCUUUGUGGGGUAUAUACUACUACGUUUGAUGUAUGAUUACUGGUUAGAGGCAGUAAAUGAAGAAGCUACCCAGGAAGACAUGCCUGAUGAAACAGAAUGUGCUUUUGAGGAAACAGUUACUGAAAAAGUUAACAAAGAAGAGAGAGAUUUCAUUGGAACAACUCAUCUAAGUAAGGAUCAAAAGACAACUAUGACCAUGAAAGAUACAAUAAAUGUUGGGGAAGCAUCCAAGUCUCCUGCCCUAGAGGUGAAAGAUGUCCAUCCGUCUAUUAAAUCUGAAGACCCUAGGAAUGAAUCUGAAUGUAAACAGGUCAAUGAUAUCCUAGCUGAAACAAGAGAGUAUAAUCAGUAUCUUGACCUUCCAAGAGUUGAUGAGACAAAGCAAACUAUUCAACAAUCUGUAAACAUAAAAAAUGAAAUGAUUACUUUCAGUCAGAAAUCACAACUUGUGAAUAUUUUGACAAGACGAAGACAGGGAGUGGAACAGCAGAACCAGCCACAUAAGCAACCACUUAUUCAUUUGAGAGAAACAACAACAAUUAUCAGUCAGCAAACUGGACAAAAGAGGAAUGCCACUACACAAAGUGUACAGAUAGACCAGCAUGUACUUUUAAGCAGAUGCAAGAGUAGUCAGCAAUGUGACAAUGAAGCAGAAGAGCAUACUCACUUAUUCAGUGAAAAAGGUAUAAAUGCACAAGGUCCAGGGCAACAUGAUACUGAAGAGAGCAGAAACAAGCAUGACCUCAGUCAAGACAGCAAAGGCUUACUAAGUCUGAGGCUACAAGACAAUGAAGGUCAUGGUGAUAUAUUUGCCCAAAGCAGCAAAAGAAUGAAAGGCCUUGGGAAGCAUCAAGAUUUAGAAAGUAUGGCAGACCAUUACCAAACAUGUAGGCAAGAGAGUGAAACUGGCACUUGUCACAGUGAAUCACAUACUGGAAGAAACGAGUUUAUGGAAGACUUUCGUCAGGUCCACAUGCAAGAAGCAUAUGAUGUUAAGAAUAGACAGUGUGGUCAAGAGGUACAUGGAGUUCACAGACAAAAGAACUGCAAUCCACAUAGCAUAAGUAUACCUUGUACGAACAACUGUGCUCAUGCAAUAAGUGAGGUAGACCUAAGUGACUUAUAUGAUCUUGGAACCCUAAGUAACAAAAGUCCUUAUAAGGUACAUAAAUCUAAUAAAACAGACACCUCACAGCUUUCUGAAGAAGAAAUGAAUAUGAAAAGCUAUCACAGUCAGCAACUUGACCUCAUUGAAGAUACAGAAGUUUUUGUUCCACUCGUGGAAGAAGAAAUGGAAAAGACUAAUUACGAUGAAUCGUGUGAUCCACUACCUCUCUUUCAGACAUUUGAAGAGAGAGCAAACAAGGAAACAAACCAAAGUCAGCAUGUCCCUAACCAAAGAGAGAUGGAGGGCUUUUCUCAUUUGCAGAAGGAAGAAACAGAAUACUAUCAGAACUGCAUUGAUCCACAUUACUUAAAAGUUAGGGAUGAAGAAAGCUGUGUUGGGGAAGAACAUACUGCCAUCAAAGAACCAUGUUAUGGUGCUGAAUUGAAAGAUAUGGAAAGCUUAUUUGAUUCUCUAAAAAGAAAAACAGAAGAUGAACAAAGCUAUAUUGCACCAUCUGAUACAAAAGUUGGGAUUAGAGAAACCAUUGAUGGGAAAGUACAUUCAAUAGUACAUAGUGAGUCUCAUGUGGAAGAAACUCAGGAUGACAAAGAACAAUGCAGUCAUUCAAGUGACCAAGAAAUAAGAGAGUCAUGCAUUAAGGAUGAAAGUCCUGGUGAUGAUAAAAAAAACAUAGAAAUCUUCAUUCAUCCUCUUGAAGCAGUAGCCUUAGAAAACUACAUUGAAUCAAAUAAUACCAGAGUCAAGAUUGAAGAAACCCUAGAUAGAGAAAGGAACACAAUUGUUCACAGUAAAGAAACAUUAUAUGAUGACAAGCCAAGUAAAGCAACAUUUUGUGAUGAUAAGCACCUGUGUGAACAAGAAGUAGAAAAGCCAUGCAUCAAAGACCUAAGUCGGACGCACACUCAAGAAUCAGAAAAUGUAAAAAACCUGAAUGAGACGGGUAAUGUGGAACACCAGUUAACAAGGAGUCCAAGGGUAAAAAUAACUUACAAUUCAACGCUAACUAUGAAAGGAAACCAGAAAAAUGAUUAAAAUCACUGAAGGUGCUCCUACUCUAAACUUGGGAUUUUGCCGUAUGGCAGUCCUUAUCAUUGAUUGCAAUGCAGUUGUUGGCAGUGGUAAUCUUGUUAUAGGAUGAAGAGGUUAGAUUUCAUUUUCUGAUAUAUCAGUUAUUGGUUUCUAUAGGUCAUGAGUUUUUAUCUUGUGCAAAAACUUACUGCAAAACUGACAUUUACUGUUUCAAGUUUGGUUUAAUUUUAUUUUCAUUUAUUCCCGGUAAAUAUUUCUUUACAUGUGAACAGAGCAUGCAAGGAUGUAAUGUAAGUGGAAAAUAUUUAUGUUACCCACCUAAUUUUUACUCGUGCUAUUUUUAUAAUACCAUUUCUGUUCUGUUAAAACGUGGCGUGUUAUAGAGCAUACACAAAGGUGACAUUGUUAGUGUCAGAGUUAAGAAGCUUGUUAGUUUUGUUUAUUUGAAGAAGAAUUUUCAGAUCGUUAGUUUUUAGUUUUUUUUAUUUGAAGAGGAAUUUUCAAAGCUUGUUAGUUUUGUUUAUUUAAAGAAGAAUUAUCUGAUAGUUGGUUUUUUUUAUUUGAUGAGGAAUUUUCAAAGAUUGUUAAUUUUGUUUAUUUGAAGAGGUGUUAGUUUUUUGUAUUUGAUGAGGAAUUUUUCAAACAUUGUUAAUUUUUUUUUAUUUGAAGAGGAAUUUUCAAAGAUUGUUUAUUUUUGUUUUUUUGAAGAGGAAUUUUCAAAGAUUGUUUAUUUUGGUUUAUUUGAAGAGGAAUUUUCAUUACUUUCACCUAGUACUCAAGUUUCAUAUGGAUAUACAUGUUCUUCAGUGUAGGCAAUGGAAAGACAGUUAUGUGACACUAUUAAAUGUUCAAUAGUACAUUAUUUCA